CGCUUCUCGGCUCGGAAAUCUUCGGUUCUCCCUACCCACGUUGUUUCCACCGCGUGGAGGGGACACGCUCAAGGGAGACAGACACAGCGCGUGCAGUGCACGGCGCAGAUCGUCGUGUCUCAUGUCUUACGUACGCGUAUGUUCUCGCGCGGCGUGUACGAUACACAACACCGGUAUACUGCACAACGUCGCAUGUGACGCGGGGAGAGCGUGCACUACAGAUCAGUGACAGACAAGAUGGCGGAGUGUCUGGUGCAGUGGUAGUAGAGCGGUGCAUCGAACUACGUCAACGUGUGUAACGAGGGUUAGGUGCAGCGGAGGCUUGACAACAGCUGGACGCAGCAUGGAGCGCGCACUCUCGGCGACAACAAGACGCCGCGGUCACCAGCACCAUCCGCGGCACACCACGCGACGACGUCUCGACGCUUCCAGCAGAGGACCCGCGCAGUGUGGCCCUGCUGGUACCAAGGAUACCACCGCGUCCGCCGGCGAUGAGACGUCGCUCGAGCGGACGGCGGUUGACGCGAUCGAGAGUCGUCUCGGCACGACGGACCCUAGCUUAUCAGCUGUACCGAAAAUACUCGGUCCGCGGUGGUCGACGCGGAUCAACGAAAUCGUGACGAAGAACUCGAAGACCGAUGCCAUCGUCGAGGACGACGGCAGAGGCGAGGACGUCCGACAGAGGCUCGCGCAGUGUAGCCUGGACGUUCCCGCGCCUGGCGAGAGCAAGAACGCCGAGCGCGAUGAGAGGACGAACGACCUGACAAGCAAGAAGUUGUCUUCUCGGUCCAGUCCACGUGGUACCAGCACUCCCGAAGAGGAGAUGAGUCCGCGGAGCAAAACUAGCUCGCCCGAGCCUGAGCACGCGGUCGCGAGGGCUCGCGGCGAUGGAAAUUCGGACGACGAGUCGGCCAACGUCGAGGAGGACCCCGAACUGGCGGAACUGGCCAAACUACGUUGUCCCAGCGAGCGAACGGAAGUCCAGGCCGAAAGGGAGGCCCGCAGGCGAAAGAGAUGCGCCGACUAUCCAGGACUCGCCUUCGGCUGUUCUAUAUUCUCCAGCGACACGAUGAUGAAGUUCAGUCUGAUAAAGAAUGAACUGCAGAAUAUCAUGGGCAAUCAGCUGAAAAGGGCUGAGUCUGAAGUGGCCGCCUUGAAUCGUCGUAUCCAACUGCUGGAGGAGGACCUCGAGCGAUCCGAGGAGCGCCUUGCCACUGCCACUGCCAAAUUGGCGGAGGCAUCGCAAGCUGCCGAUGAGAGUGAACGCGCCCGCAAGAUUCUCGAGAAUCGCAGCUUGGCGGACGAAGAGCGCAUGGACGCCCUCGAGAAUCAGCUGAAGGAGGCCAGGUUCCUCGCCGAAGAAGCCGACAAGAAAUACGAUGAGGUCGCCCGUAAAUUGGCCAUGGUUGAGGCCGAUCUAGAACGCGCCGAGGAGCGUGCCGAGGCCGGAGAGUCCAAGAUCGUCGAGCUUGAGGAAGAGUUGCGUGUCGUCGGCAAUAACUUGAAGUCCCUCGAGGUCUCCGAAGAGAAGGCGACGCAGAGAGAGGAGACGUUCGAGGGUCAGGUGAAGAUUCUGGAUAGUCAAUUGAAAGAGGCUGAGGCACGUGCUGAGUUCGCGGAAAGAUCCGUACAGAAACUUCAGAAGGAGGUUGACAGGCUCGAAGAUGUGCUGGUAAGCGAGCGCUGUAAAUACAAAGCGAUUGCCGACGAGAUGGAUCAGACAUUCGCCGACCUCGCCGGAUAUUAGCAGGCAGGCUAAGUGCGUAUGGCAGGGCUGUUACACGCGGAAAGAAAAAGAGAAAAAAAAAGAAAAAAACCAGAUUGUUCACGCUAUGAGAUAAAAUAACACUGCCAGCACGCGGACCCUUCGCCACACGUCAUCGUCCAAUAACAUUAAGCAUCCUACUCGCUGAGAAAAAUCGAGGACGGGGAGAGGAUGAUCGUUGACAUUUAGCGUUAAUCGCGCGACGCUCGAUGGACGGCCCAGAGUUUAACGAUUAAUCCGAAUUUUUCGCCGAAAGUAUCGUCAUGUGUCCUGUAAUUUCUCAACUUAAUCAACUUUUACUUCGAACAAACUUCAAACAUUUUGUAAAAUUUACACAGGAAUUACCUCGGAAUAGAGACCUCAUUUGAAACGCGGUGCGUAUAAAGUAUUUGUACAUUCCAAGAUGUGAGAAACUCCGACGAUUACGUAUUUCUCUUCCGAUAUUUGAUAUGAAAUCCCUGCUCAAUGACCGUGGCGAUUUAUUGAACGUCAGUUUUGCUACCCGCGCCUAUACCUGCACAGCAAUUUUAUCUUAUCUUUCCGAUCAUCUCCGAUUAUUCCGAAUAUUAUUAUUAUUAUCGAAUCGAAUAACCUGUACGAUUUGUAUUAUCCCUUAAAUUUACCCAUAUCUUAUAUUCAUAACGAUAUUAGUUGUUAAGGAACCUUUAACAUGAUAAAUUGUUUCCAUUCCGUUUAAUUUCUACCGAAAAUUAUCAUCACGUCGAAAGUUGCGCUGUUUCAUUGAUAAAAAUGCGUAAACUGUACGGGCCCAGAAAUGAUGUCUACGCGAAAAUUCCAUUUCACACUCAUUCUGCGACUCAUUCUACAUCGAGUCCAUAUGGCCUUAAGAGUCACAUGUUCAUACCAUUGCGACAGAUGUGUUCAAGAUACGUUUAUAAGCAGGAAACUAAAGCGAAACGUAUAAACUUUUUCGAUAAUUAUACCAAUUUGUACCUAUCGUAUAAAAGAAGAUAAAUUUAAAGAAAAAAAUUAUCACCGAUAAAUUAGAAUGUGAUCAGUAUAGUGUACCGAGAUUUCCUGCUUAUAAUAUCUGCAUUUUAGUUUUUAGAGACAGCGCUAACAUUUAUUUAGAAAUUUUCUUGACAUUUGCACAUUCCACCGUACGAUUAAACAGUGCGGUCUAAUUAGCCAGUAUAACGCUUAAGUUUCGUUUUAUUAUAUUAAGAAAUACCAUGUAUCAUCCAUAUAUUUCAAGUCACGCUUCUAUGUUGUAUCGUGCAGUAUUGUGUCAAAGUAUCGAUCAAUUUAUCAAUUGCUACAGUAAAAUAUAUCUCGCUCUCUGACAGAACGAGCUACAGUGUUCAUUAUAGCAUAUAAAUAAAGUUGCUUCUACUGAUAUUAGAAAGGUUUGCAAAGCGAUCUGGGCUGGAUUACGAUGCGAGAGAUGUGUCUAACAAAAUAGUAUAAUAUUAUACAAAUGCGAGGUGUGUACGCUUGAGACGAUUGAAUUGCGAAGUCGAUCAAGUUCGAUACAUCACGGCUCUCGGCAAUACACUUUAAUGCUAAAAAAUUUUAUACCUUAGUCUUUAAUCUUUCUCGUGCUAAUACAACGGUUCGACGAUCAUGCAUGAUCACACAAAUUAUCGGGUUUGACGAUAAAUCUUGAGAUGGACCAAGCUCAGAAACUUUGAAACAUGCACUCGAUGCAGCGAUCUUGACUAUCUUAUGUGAUAAUUAUCAUUUUAUUGUAUUUAUAUUACUUUCAAUAAAUCUGCAUAUUUUAUAUCUCUGCAUACCACAUGCCUUUCAUGAAUUCGCGAUCUCGUUAUGAGAACUGUUUAACGGUUGUCAUUUCGCAGCUAAUUUAUCUCGCAAAUAUCUGCUAUUCGACUGAUCAUUCUGCGAUAACACCGAAUACCAAUGAAACUCACGUUAUCUCUUGAAAUAAUAUCAAACAAUUUACACCAUUAAAAUCACCAAAUACCACGUGAUGCUAAAAUAAGAUGCUCAUUUAACUUGUCUAAGAAUCUCGAGUUUAGUGAUAAAAUAUAUAUAAGAAUAAUUCUCAUUCGUUAUAUUCUUUGAAGAAAAACAAUAUGUGAUAUAUAUCUUAAUGACAUUAUUCAUAAACUCGACCUCUUUCGGUGAAUAUCAAGUUUAUAACAAAACCUGAAUGAAUAAAGAUAAAUUAUAUAUACUAUCAUAAAAUACAGACAUAAAUAUGCAUCUUUAUGAUUUGUUUCUUUCAGAAUGAAACCUAGAAAAGGAAAUAUUCAUCGAUGAUGAAAGAACAGGGAUUUCGUGUAUCGGUAGAGUUAUCAAUAAUGAACUACAAGAUUUACAUAACAUACAUAUUCAUUAUUUAUGAUUUGAUACGAUAAUAUAAUAUUAUCUGUCUAAACACAACGCUAACAUAUAUUUCUGUAUGUUGUAAUUAAAAUUUGAAAUUCUCUUAUCAGCGAACUAAUAAUUACAAACGUGCUGCAUAACAUGUUUCCAAAAAUAUUCAUUCUCUUCGCUUAUAAACGAUGUCAAACGACGUCACGUGUAGCUCGCAAACAACGAAUUAUUUAUUAUCUUUACACGUUUCGUUAAUUUGCAGUAUCAUCGGACGUCGUUUCACAGUAUAAUCCGCCUAUUCAGGUAAAUGCAAUAUGGAUACGUUUCUGAGGAACCAGUUGAAUGUCAAUUUAAAAAUGCAAUGACAAGUACGAUAAGGCACUGAAAAGCACCCCGUAAUGACAACACGACACUCUAUUAGCAAUCGAUUUACCCUAAGAUUAUCCGACAUGCGAUCAUGUCUACAUAUUACAGAAAAAACGACCGAAUUCGAACAAGUUAUUUAAAGAGAUUGGUUGUCGUGCUGGCCAAUGUGGCUAGUACUGCGCUUUUGAAUUUUGCAAAAGGUGCUCGACAUCGGGAUGCGCUAAAUAUACCGUUAAUAUACUUUUAAUUAAAAAUGUUCGAGUUAUUUGGUAACCUCAGAGUUGCCAAAU